UACGUCCCUUUACGGCAUUACCUAACAAGCUUGAAUUUGAAUGAUUCGAUUUCGUGGAUGCCAUUGAGCCUCGGAUCGUUCAACGACGUUGAAAUUUAUAUGCCAAAAGAUCCUGUCGACUUCAGACAUCCAUCCCCCAUUUUGAAGCUUACGUCCGACAAUCGUUAGCAGGUGGAGCUCUCAUUUGUGCUGCAGCUUUGGGGAAAUGUUGACACAGUUGGAUACACUGAAUGAAAAAUAAUACUCAUAAAAAAGGUAGGGAGUGGUGGCAGAGGUCAACAAUGGCUAUUGGAAACAAAAUCCAAAAGGAAGAAGGGCCACAGGAUCUAAGGAAGCAGCUUGCUGUUGCUGUAAGAAGUAUUCAAUGGAGCUAUGCAAUAUUCUGGUCCCUUUCAUCCAGGCAACCUGGGACACUGGAAUGGGGAGAUGGGUACUACAAUGGAGAUAUCAAAACAAGAAAGACAGUUCAGGCAGCUGAAGUAGACGACGAUCAAUCAGGACUACAUAGGAGUGGCCAAUUGAUAGAACUUUACGAGUCUUUGUCCCUAGAAGAAACCAACCCUCAACCUAAAAGGCCUGCAGCUGCAUUAUCCCCAGAAGAUCUCACCAAUGCAGAAUGGUACUUCUUGGUUUGCAUGUCUUUUGUGUUCAAUUUCGACGAAGGGUUGCCCGGAAGGACAUUUGCCAAGAACCAAACCAUCUGGUUGUCUGAUGCUCAUGUUACCGAUACCAAAAUCUUUUCGCGAUCGUUGCUUGCAAAGAGUGCAUCGAUCCAGACAAUAGUCUGCUUUCCCCAUUUUGGAGGUGUAGUCGAGCUGGGAACGACUGAACCGGUUUCGGAGGAUCUGAAUCUGAUUCGCCACGUAAAGAUGUUAUUCCUGGGUUCCUCGGAGAUUCCUAACCAUAUUCCUAACCAUAUCUCCAACAGCAACGCAGAUGAUGCCGGAGACACUCUCGAUCAGCACUUGGACUGUCCCGGUGACGUCAUAUGUUCCCCGACCAACUGCUCGGUUGAGUUUCCAGACAAUCUGCUGACAAACGAAUCGAAUUUUGUCGAAGGUGUCAGUAGGGGGCCUUCCCAAAUGCAGCAGUGGCCAUUCAUGAACGAUUCGAUGACUUCCAGCGACUGUGUAUCCCGAACUUAUGGUGAUCUUUUGGACAAUGCUCAAGAACACCGUCGUAAGAACACAGCUGGCGUUGCAGGCGACGAAAAUCAUUACCACAGUGUGCUGUCGAAUCUUUUGAAGAGUUCCCACCAGUUGCUCCUCGAUCCGUAUAUCAGAAACAGAGUCAAAGAUUCGAGUUUCAUCCCCUGGAGGAACGACAGAGUAUCAUCGAGUGGUCGAACGCCGCAGAGUGGAACUCAUCAGAGACUGCUAAAGAAAGUACUGUUCGAUGUCGCCCGUAUGCAUGAAACUUUCAGGCUCGAAUCCAGUAAGCAAAAGGGCAUCGCCAAACCGGAAGGAGAAGAAAACGACAGAAACCAUGUUCUUUCCGAGAGGAAGCGCAGGGAGAAGAUAAAUGAGAGGUUCUCGAUUCUUGGAUCGCUAGUGCCAUCCGGUGGCAAAAUAGAUAAGGUAUCGAUACUCGAUCAUACCAUAGAUUACCUAAGGAAGCUUGAAAGAAAGAUCGAGGAGCUGGAAUCGAGCAACGAAUUGAACUCAACAACUCACACUAAGGCUUACGACGCCAUCGAGAGGACCUCUGACAAUUAUGGCCCCAACACCAUCAAGAAGCCAUUGACGAACAAGAGAAAGAGAUUUGAAAUGGACAUAACAGGAUGCGAAAACAGCAAUGUCGACAAGGUCAAUGUCAGCGUCACGGACAGGGAUGUGUUGGUUGAGAUACAAUGCUGUUGGAAAGACAGCACCGUAGUCGAAGUUAUGGAAGCUAUAAGCAAACUACGAAUGGAUACGCUAACGGUUCAAUAUUCCAACGCCGAUGGAAUUAUCUCCAUGACCAUAAAAGCCAAGAACAAGGGAUUGAAGGCUGCAUCACCAAAUGUUAUCAGAGAAACUCUCCACAAAGUCAUAAGAAUGUGCUGAAAGCAGGAGAUUUUUUUGCUGAGAAAAAUUCUGGGUGUUGAUUAACUUAUCAGUAACCCAAAGAAUGUAUGUAACUUGAGGGAAUUUUCCAAGUAGUUAAUCAAAUUAUCAUCUUUCAGAAAAUUAAAAUCUCCUAAUUGAAUGAAGUAAAUCUGGAAAAGACGGGUCAUUGAUUACUAAAAGGGGAUCAUUAGGGGAGCUCAAAAGCUAUGGAGUUUUGGCAGCAACAGCAUGGCCUGGUUUUAUGUUCAAAUACCCAAAAACAAAAGCAAAG